UCCGCCUUUUGGGAGUAGGAGUGUGCGGCUGACGCGUCCCGCCCCCGCCUCUGAGUGACAGGACCGUGGACAGCAACAUUUCCAACUGGACACGAAGUUUGUCGGCCCUUGCCUUGGCUGAGCUGAGUAAGAAAAAGCAACCAAGAGUAUUAUUUUUGGUAUCUGUAAUUGAACUUGCUAGGAAUGCGAGCACAGCAGACAUCCAGAACUCUGUAAAGACCUUGCCUUUGGAAACAUCUUACCCCUUGGCAGCCCUCCAGAGUUCAGACUUGGCAGCAUCAAGGACACAACGCAAGCAGGCAUUUUGGAGAUCAAAGAUGGGUAGAAAAGAUGCCUCUACUGUAAAGCUUCCUGUUGAUCAGUACAGAAAACAGAUUGGUAAACAGGAUUAUAAAAAAACCAAACCUAUUUUACGAGCAACCAAAUUAAAAGCAGAAGCAAAGAAAACAGCAAUAGGCAUAAAGGAAGUUGGCCUCGUUCUUGCAGCUAUAUGGGCUCUCCUGCUGGCUUUCUAUGCUUUCUUUUAUCUCAGACUGUCCAUGGAUGUUGAUCCUGAUCUGGAACGAGAUGAAGAUUAGCAGUGCAGCAAGCAAUACA